CAAUGCGUAGGGCGGAGCGAGUCAGAAAGGAACUGUCACCUAUGUGAAUGAAGCCUCAAACACACACAAGCUGGAAGAGUGAGACAGCAGCCAGACGAUGGAAAGAAAGAGAGCUUGUUGACAAGCAGGAGAACAGAGAGCUCUUCCAUGGCUUGGUGGAACCCUCUGACCCGGAUCAGGGACGCCCUGACGGGUCAAAGGGUACGAGAGAAUGACCUUCGCCGCUUGGUAUCCAAUCUGCCUUAUGAAGGCCUGGGGAAGAUGAAGCAACCCAACCGCCACUUUCCCGGGAACUCUAUCAAGACCACCAAAUACACCCUCCUCUUCUUUAUACCCCUCAACCUCUUUGAGCAGUUUCACCGUCUGGCAAACAUCUACUUUGUGGGCCUGGCUAUCCUCAACUUUGUGCCCGUGGUGAACGCCUUUGAGCCCGAGGUGGCGCUUAUCCCCAUCUGUGUCAUUCUGUCCCUCACCGCCCUCAAAGACGCCUGGGAGGACUUCAGGAGGUACCAGUCGGACAAGAAGCUCAAUAACAUGCCGUGCUUCAUCUACAGCAGAAAAGACAAGCAAUUUGUGGAGCGGCGUUGGAAGGAUGCGCGCGUGGGUGACUUUGUGAAGGCGCUUUGCAACGAAAUCGUCCCUGCAGACCUACUGCUUCUGCACACAUCAGACCGCAAUGGGAUGUGCCACAUAGAGACGUCCAACCUGGAUGGCGAGACCAACCUCAAAGAGAGAAAGGUGGUGCCCGGACUCUGCGUCACGGAGCCUGACUUUGAACCUGAAAGUUUCAACAGUGUUGUGGUAUGCGAAAAGCCCAACAGCAAUCUGAAUUACUUCAAGUGUUAUGUGGAGAAACCAAAUGAAGAAAAAGUCGGCGCUGGAAUUGAGAGUCUGCUGCUUCGAGGUUGCACUGUUAGAAAUAGCGACCAUGCUGUCGGCUUUGUGGUGUAUGCGGGCCAUGAAACAAAGUCAAUGCUGAACAACAAUGGGCCAAGAUACAAACGCAGCAAACUGGAGCGGAAACUGAACGUGGACGUCAUCUUUUGCGUCAUUCUGCUCUUCGCCAUGUGUCUCGUCGGAGCACUAGGUCACUUCUUUUGGCGGCAGGCACUACCUGGCGUGCCCCCUUACCUAGUGCCCAGUAGCAACGGCCAAGUGGACAAUCCCAGUCUGUCCAGCUUCUACAUGUUCUUCAGCAUGAUCAUCCUUCUGCAGGUUCUGAUCCCAAUCUCCCUCUACGUUUCCAUUGAGCUGGUGAAGAUUGGCCAGAUCUUCUUUAUUACGCAAGACAUCGACCUGUACGAUGAGGAGACAGACAGCCGAAUACAGUGUAAAGCUCUGAACAUUACGGAGGACCUAGGACAGAUUGAGUACAUCUUCUCCGACAAGACGGGCACGCUCACUGAGAACAAGAUGGUGUUUCGACGUUGCUCCAUCAUGGGAACGGAGUACCCGCACAAAGAGAACGCCAUCCGCUUGGCUGUUAUUGAUGAGCCAAAAUCCGAAGAGGAGGUCAUCUAUACCCAGCAGCCACAACCCCCACAGAACGGAUGGUCUCUGGAUGCUGAGGCCAGCAGCCCCGAAGGCACUCAUCGCCACCAUGAAAGCAGACAAAAGAACAAGUUUGCGGGAAACGCCCAGAGCAACGUGGCCUUCAGCAGUCCACUGGAAACGGAGGUGAUUCCAGACAGGAAGCUGCUCGGGCAGGUCAGCGUAGCAGAGAGUACGAUUAGCAGCAGCAGUCAGAAGAUGGAUCCAUACCUAGACUUUUUUCUGGCUCUUGCCAUUUGCAACACGGUGGUGGUUUCCAUGGCAACAGCUCGGAGACAGAGGACGCAUAAAUAUCCAUCUUCCUUCCAGCCAACUAAUCCACUGGAUAAUUUCUCCAACCUCUUGACGAAAGCAAGCUCUCUUCGCAACGUAUUUGCCCCCAAAAGGGACCGAUCCUUCUCAGAUGCCUCUUUUAAAGAGGACGACCGCUUCAACCCCUUUCCGAAAGAGGAUCGCUCGGAAGUUUUUUCAUCACAGGGUCAGACGGUUGAAUCCAACAGCCGAAAUUAUGAGGCCGAAAGUCCAGACGAGGCAGCUUUGGUGUAUGCCGCCAAAGCGUACGGUUUCAUUCUGCUUAGCCGCACCCCCGACAGCGUGACAGUGAGGCUGCCGUCGGGUCAAGUCCUGGUCUUUGAGGUGCUGGACACGCUGACCUUCGACUCCAACAGGAAAAGAAUGUCCGUGCUGGUGCGCCAUCCCAUCACCAAAGAGUGUGUGCUGUACACCAAGGGUGCAGACUACUCAAUCAUGGAGUUGCUCGGAGCACCAUAUGCCGAGCAUCUCAAUGGAAAUCAGAAGACUGUCGUAGCAGAUACUCAGUAUCACCUCGACUGCUAUGCUAAAGAAGGGCUGCGCACGCUUUGCUUUACAAAGAAGGUUGUUAGCGCCCAAGACUACAACGUAUGGUCCGUGAGCAGACAGAGCGCUAUGGCCGCCAUCGACGGCAGAGAGCAGCUCAUUAUGGACACCGCUGUGGAGCUGGAGACAAAUCUCACCCUGCUGGGGGCGACAGGCAUUGAGGACCGUCUGCAGGAGAGCGUUCCAGACACCAUCCUGGCGCUGCGGGAAGCAGGGAUCAAGGUGUGGGUGCUGACUGGUGACAAGUUGGAAACGGCCGUCAACAUUGGCUACGCCUGCCAACUGUUGGAAGACGAAGACCUGGUGAUUAACAUGAGCUGUAAAAAUAAGCUUGUAUGCACUUCCAUCCUGGAUUCCACUCUGGAAGAGGUGCGGAGGUAUGAAAACGACCCUCGUAAUGUGGACACCACGCCAGACAUCUCUCUGGUGAUCGAUGGACACACCUUGGCCAUGCUUCUGUCCAAGGAUCUGCACGACCGUUUUGUAGAGCUGGCAAAGCGCUGCCGCUCCGUGCUCUGCUGUCGGGUCACGCCCUUGCAGAAGAGCGGCGUGGUGAAGCUCAUCAGGGAGAAGCUCAAAGUCAUGACUCUAGCUGUUGGUGACGGUGCCAAUGAUGUUAACAUGAUCCAAGCAGCCGAUAUUGGGAUCGGGAUUGCCGGUCAGGAGGGGAUGCAGGCAGUCAUGGCGAGUGACUUUGCUAUCUCUCGCUUCAAACAUCUUAAAAAGCUCCUGCUGGUUCACGGACACUGGUGCUACACUCGCUUGGCCAAUAUGAUCAUUUACUUCUUCUAUAAGAAUUUGGCCAAUGUCAACCUGCUCUUCUGGUAUCAGUUCUUUUGUGGCUUCACAGCAACGGCCAUGCUGGACUAUUGGCUGCUGAUUUUCUUCAACCUCUUCUUCACCUCCGCACCCCCCAUCAUGUUUGGGAUCAUGGACAGAGACGUUUCGGCAGAAGUGCUGCUCGGGGUUCCUGAACUCUAUAGAACUGGACAAGGUGCAGGGGAAUAUCGUUUUUGCACCUUCUGGGUUUCCAUGCUUGAUGCCUUCUACCAGAGUCUCGUAUGCUUCUUCAUUCCAUACUUGGUUUAUAAAGAUUUGGACGUUGACGUUUUCACAUUUGGAAUGCCUUUGAAUGCAGUUUCUUUAAUUACCAUCCUGCUGCAUCUGUCAAUAGAGAUCAAAUCCUGGACUGUGGUUCAUUGGAUCAUCAUGCUGGGCAGUGUUGCCGUGUCCUUCAUCCUGACGCUGUCAUUUACCUCUUGUAUUACCUGCAAUUCAUACUGGACGCUCCAGAAGCAACUGGCAGACCCCAUUUUCUACCUUAUCUGCAUCAUCACAACAGUGGUGGCCCUACUGCCCAGGUACACGUUUCACGUGAUGAGGAACUCGAUCGCCCCCUCCCCGAUUGUGCAAGCCAGGCAUCUGGACCGCCUGGAUGCGUCCACAAAGGAAGUGUGGAUCAAAGAGUGGAGGGGCUACAGGGGCGCAGGGGCGGUUAAACGCUCCAAGCUCUCCGCUCCACCCUCUCCCAACAAUCCUCGGACCCCAACUUCCCCUGAUUACUUAGAGAACGACAUCACACUAACGUCAUUCAAAAUAUGAAGAAAAGGGCUACAAAAAAUACUGUUAUAGAAUUAAGAUGGUAAUUUAUUCCGAACUUUUUUUUACACCUGGAAGUAGCUCAGCAGUGGAGCACUUGAGCAUGGAGCACUUUCUGCAGGGAGAGAAAAACUCCCCUUUGACAUGUGAAUUGUAAUUCAAACUUUUUCUUUUUAUUUGUUUGGAGCUAGAAUGAACAACAGCCAGUUACAUUCCUGAUGGGAAUUCAGGGCCCAUGCAGCAAAACAUAGUAGUCAUGGAAAACUGUAUUCUGUAUGUAACGCUGUAAACUACACACAAUGUCACAUGAUGUAUGAUGGAAUGAAUUAAUUGUCUUUCAGGCUGGUCCUACACUGAGCGUAGGUGAAUAGUGUGUGUGCAUGUGUGUGUGUGUGUUAAUUCCUUAUCACACAGAAAGGCUUAUGGAAAUUCAAAGCUUUAGCUGAAACUACUUGUAAAAAGGCCUUGAUUUAUCAUUGGCAUACUUCACUGUCGUUGUGCCACUGACGGAAUAUAUUUUUUAAAGACCACACUUCUUUCUUCAGCUUAAUUUUAAUUUUAAAAGCAUUGCACAAAAAGUGCAUUUUAUUGGAUGGAUAUAAUAAUAAAAACAAAAGAGCUCACAA